CACACUCUCUCUCUCUCUCGCACACACACAGGGAGCAGGGGCGUCCAUCCUCUCCCUCUCAGUGCGACUCCUCCGAGGGAUCAGGAGUAGACUAAGUCAAACUUCAUGCAGUUUGAGAUUUGUGCGCAACCUCCGAAGCCUCCGAGUCGCCAAAGGUGUCUGUGGUGAUGUUGCCAUGUGCCAGCUGCCAUCUGCCCUUAUACCUCUUUAUUCAGGACUGAUGUCCAGAUGGUGUGCCCCUCCAUGUGCCGCCCACUUCAGCUCUCCCUGACUGUUUCAUGGGCCACGAACCGACCCAAGCAUCCACGGCCACUUGAUUUAACCCUACCAGACACUGCACUCCUCACCCUCAACCCCCCGCCCCUGACCUUCACCCUCAGCCCCUCUGUUCCACUCAAGUAUCAGUCCUAACCCUGCCUCAGCCCAAAAUGGUGGCCCGCAUUCCCGCUCUGGUCUUGGUCAUGAUGUGUCGGGGCGUGCUGCUCUCCGUCGGAGACCCGCCUCCUCUCCGCCGAGAGAUCCGCAUCGAGGGCGACCUGGUGCUCGGCGGCUUGUUCCCCGUGCACGAAAAAGGUGGCGGUAUGGAGGAGUGUGGCCGCGUGAAUGAGGACAGAGGGAUUCAGAGAUUGGAGGCCAUGCUGUUCGCCAUCGACAGAAUCAAUACGGACAACUUUUUGCUGCCUGGCAUCUCCCUCGGUGUCCACAUCCUGGACACUUGCUCCAGAGACACCUAUGCACUGGAGCAGGCUCUGGAGUUUGUACGAGCCUCCCUCACCAAGGUGGAUGACACCGAGUUCAUCUGUCCCGACGGAUCGUACGCUCUGCAGGACGACAGCCCACUCGCGAUUGCCGGCGUCAUAGGAGGAUCCUUCAGCAGCGUCUCCAUACAGGUUGCCAAUCUUCUCAGGCUCUUCCAGAUCCCGCAGAUAAGCUACGCGUCGACGAGCGCCAAACUCAGCGAUAAAAGCCGCUAUGAUUACUUCGCCCGCACCGUGCCCCCUGACUUCUAUCAGGCCAAGGCCAUGGCUGAGAUCCUGCGGUUCUUCAACUGGACAUACGUGUCCACCGUGGCGUCGGAGGGUGAUUACGGAGAAACCGGUAUAGAGGCCUUCGAGCAAGAGGCCCGCAUGAGGAAUAUCUGUAUCGCCACUUCGGAGAAGGUGGGGCGUUCAAACGCUAAGAAGUCCUAUGAAGCUGUGAUCCGUCAGCUCCUCCAGAAGCCCAAUGCCCGAGUGGCCGUUCUCUUCCUGCGCAGCGACGAUGCCAGAGAGCUGCUGGCAGCUGCUGCCAGGCUGAACACCUCCUUCAUCUGGGUGGCCAGCGAUGGCUGGGGUGCGCAGGAAAGCAUUGUCAAGGGAAACGAGGUCACCGCCGAAGGAGCCAUCACACUUGAGCUGUCAGCCAAUCCCGUGCCAGAAUUCAACCGCUACUUCCUCAGCUUGGACCCGGUCAAGAACCACCGUAAUCCCUGGUACAGGGAAUACUGGGAGCAGCGGUUCCAGUGCUCUUUAGGUGGCGGAGGAGCAGGAGUAGGUGGAGAUGUUGGACUCGGGGAGACGCAUCUUCUCCCCCCGUGUGACAAGGAUUUGACCAUGGACAAGAAUAACUUUGAACCCGAGUCAAAGAUCAUGUUUGUGGUGAACGCGGUGUACGCUAUGGCUCUUGCCCUUCACAACAUGCAGAGGAGUCUGUGCUUCAACACCACCAAGCUGUGCGACAGCAUGAAGGCCUUGGACGGGCGAAGACUCUACAGGGAAUUCAUCCUUAACGUCAGCUUCGCAGCCCCUUUCUCUCCGCCGGGCAGCGAGACAGCGGUGAAGUUUGAUUCCCAGGGGGACGGCUUGGGCCGAUACAACAUCUUCAGCUACCAGCGCUCCGGCGAGCGUUAUAGUUACAUGCCAGUGGGCGAAUGGGCAGAGACUCUGACACUGAGCGGUGAUCUAAUCCACUGGCCGAGAGAAGUGGUGCCCACCUCGCAGUGCAGCGACCCCUGCGAACGUAAUGAGAUGAAGAAAAUGCAGGCAGGUGAGUACUGCUGCUGGAUCUGCACGGCCUGUGAGCCUCAUGAAUACCUGGCUGAUGAGUUCACCUGCUCGCCCUGCGCUCCCGGCCAGUGGCCCACUGACGAUCUGACGUCCUGUUACGACCUUCCUGAGGACUACAUAAUGUGGGAAGAUGCCUGGGCCAUUGGUCCAAUUACUAUUGCUUGUGUAGGGUUCAUGUGCACCGGCAUGGUGUUCUGGGUGUUUGUCCGGCACAACAACACGCCACUGGUGAAAGCCUCAGGCAGGGAGCUGUGUUACAUCCUCCUCUCGGGAGUCUUCUUGUCGUACGCCAUGACUUUCCUCUUCUUAGCCAAACCAUCUCCCGCCAUCUGUGCCCUGCGUCGCCUCGGCCUGGGCACAUCGUUUGCUGUCUGCUACUCAGCCCUCCUCACCAAAACCAACAGGAUUGCCAGGAUUUUCAGUGGUGUCAAAGACGGAGCGGGCGCAGUGAGGCCACGCUUCAUCAGCCCGUCGUCUCAGGUGUUCAUCUGUCUGAGUCUCAUCUCCGUCCAGUUGGUGAUGGUGUCAGUGUGGUUGCUGCUGGAGGUUCCCGGGACACGGCGCUUCACUUUGCCCGAGCGGCGGCAAACUGUCAUCCUCAAGUGUAAUGUUCGUGACUCCAGUAUGCUGCUGUCACUGGGAUAUGACGUGCUCCUGGUCAUCCUGUGUACUGUGUAUGCCUUCAAGACCAGGAAGUGCCCAGAGAACUUCAAUGAGGCCAAGUUUAUUGGGUUCACCAUGUACACCACCUGUAUCAUUUGGCUGGCCUUUCUUCCCAUCUUUUAUGUUACAUCAAGCGACUACAGGGUCCAGACCACCACGAUGUGUAUCUCCGUCAGCCUGAGUGGCUUUGUGGUCCUGGGCUGUAUGUUUGCACCGAAGGUCCAUAUCAUCAUGUUCCAGCCCCAGAAGAAUGUGACCAGCCACAGGCUUAACCUCAAUCGCUUCAGUGUCAGCGGUGCUGCCACCACGUACGCAUCUCACGCUUCUGUCAGUGCCCACUUCGUCCCAACCGUGUGCAACGGGAGAGAAAUCGUCGACUCCACCACUUCCUCCCUGUGACCACGUACAGUCCACUCUCCGAAUCUGCCCCUGCGACUGUUAGCCAAUCCACGAACAUCGUCCCCUCCAACCUUUCUUCCCCCACCUCUCACACACACACACACUCUACACACUGCAUACACAAAAACACGCAUAUGUGCACACACACACAAAUACACACACACACACACACACACACACACACACACAAACACACAAACAAACAACCUUCCUUGUGGACUAGAACUGUAUUGUUUCACAAAUGUAGAAAGUGUGUAAGUAUAAUUAAAUUAUUUUCUAGGGAUGUACAUACAUGGAAUCGACAUUGUUGUAAGUAGAGAAACAAAAGAACAAAAAAAGUUUUUAGGAGGAAAUUUUUGGAGCCUUUGUUUUUGAUAGCUUUGUUAUGAUGCUGUGUAAAUAGACAUGCACUUCAUCAUGGUAGGAGGGGGUGUGUCCCUCGGUCUGGACGCACAUCUGUGGCUCUGCUUGCCUCACCUGCAAUACCCCACUGACUUUUUAUUCUCAUGCUUUUUUGUAGGUCUCAUUGUAAUAAUUCGUAUGCAUUUCUAUUGUGUAUCUUUACAUUUGUAUAUUAUACUACUGAUGGUUCGAACAGCACAAUGUUGACAGUCCUGUAACCCUAGAAUGAAUGUGCACACAAGCUGAACUGGAUAGAGAAUAACGCCUGCAACGGACAUGUACAAAAAAAAAAAAUACAUCCAACCCCUCGACGUACUGUUCCAGAACCCGAUUUUUAGUUUGAGAAUUUGCCUUUUUCACAUCUCGAUAUAUAUACGAUUUCCAUCCUAGAUCUGUGUAAAGAACUCAUUGUGGAUGUUUUUGCAGGAAAGUAGGUUUGGCUUUUUGAUACAAAUGUCAUUUUUUUUCUAUUUCUGAUCAUGGAAUCCCUUUAUCUAAAUGGCCAUAGUUCCAGACAUGUGUUCACCAAAGCAACGCCAUGUGUGUUUCGGUAAUGGAUCACUAACAAUAACUAAUAGCUGGGAUGAAAAGUACAUCGUUCCUUUUAGCCUCAAAGCUUUCAAGACUGCGCCGCGAUCGCUCUGUCAUCCAAAACAAACGGGCGUCCCCCUCUCAGUAAUUAUGAUUUUGAAAUCAAGUGAGUCAAACAGUAAUGGAAGGAAAAAGUGGCUGCUUUGCUGAACACAUGUCGACUUUUUCCAACUACAGGGGAGUGGUAGCUUCUGUUUUUUGUGCCCCACAGAUAUGGUGAUGUUUUGAAUAUGGCUAUGUGCCUUAAUGUAUCUUGAUAGCGCUCCAGGCAGAGGUUGUAAGACAUCAGUUUUACAUUACCAGCUGCAAAUCCUGAGUUUGGCAAAUGUAAAAGUGACCUCAGUAUUAGAGAACAUGUUUCAGGGCAACGCUGCGCCAGUUAGUUUUAUUCCCUAUAUCUCAAGCCAUUGAUUGUUUACCUGAAGUGUUAAAACGGUGACUUCGGUUCAAAUGACUUUCUCCGCCCAACCUUCUUUCUCCAGCGUGAGAUAUAAAAAAAAAGAAAGAAAACAGACCCCACCAUCACAGCGACUUUACGUUUUUACAGCUUAGCGGCGCCAACAAAAGAAGGAAGGGGGAAGAGAAGCUCAUACACCAUUAAGAUGAAGUCACUGACUCGUCGACGUACUGAAGUGUGCAGUUUACAUGCCUGUGUUAAAUGUGUUGACGUUGAGAGGCACAGCGGAGCAGCUGGCCUCGGCGGUCCCAGAGAGCCUCGCAGGAGGAAGCAGAGCACACAGUGUCAGCUGCCGGCACAUCCCAGCUAACGAAAGGAUGCUAGAGCAGAACUCAUAUGCAUAACAUACUAACACUUAUCAAAACACCUUCACCAAUCAAACUCUGUGUUUGUGGCUGGAAAUGUGACAGACUCUCUUAUGAGGUGGGGGGGGGGAAAACGACAAACGCACACACGAAUAAAGUUGUUCAAAGAAAAUCUAAAUAGCUUAAAUUAGGGAACUAAUUUAGUUUUACAGCAUAUUUAAUUUUACGGUUUGGCCUCACGCAGGAAUUUAUUGCAUCUAGGGUGGUAGUAAAUUAUUGUUAAGCUGAUCUUAAAUGAUGACAUACUAUAAUAUGCUGUCUAAAAUAAAGUGUGACUGUUAUACUUGAUAUUUCUAACAAAAAAAACGUGAUCAGAAUCACUUAUUUGCUUCCCAAGACGAGUACUUUUUAAAAAUUCAUGUUCAAAUUCAUGCAAUAGGCAGAAGAAGAACUGUUGAACAUUCAGUUCUUGACCCAUCUACACCUUUGCACAGCCGGACUCCCAACAACACCCUGUGAUUAUCGCACUGAAUGAUUGAUUUUAAGAAUUUGAGCGGAUGCACCAAGACGAGUCGACCUACAUCGGGGCUUGUGCGUUAGGUGCAGAGAGCAGGGAGAUAGAGAGAGCGAUGUGGCAGAGCUGCUGCUGCUGCUGCUGCUGCUGGAUUAUGCAAAGCACUCCCACAGCCCAGAAGUCACAGCGCUUCUAUGGAAGCUCAAAGCAUCUCAGAGAUUCAGCCUUUGUUAGCAGAAAGCUCAGCCAUUCACUCAGUGGUCCUGCUCCCACAAGAUACACCCCGCAUGGCAGGUUGCUACGGACAACCACCGCCACAUCCGCUGCUGGAAUGUGUAUUUGUCUGCAUGGAUGGGAGGAGGGGUGAGGAGAGGGCGAAAAAAAAAGAAGCGGAAUAUAAAGCGGAGAACCGGGGUGCUGGUUCUGAUUCAAAUUGGCAGUGACUGAUGAGAUUUGGCUCCGUUCGGCCCAGUACUCUACUCCCAGCUUUUAAUGGCCACACAAAUAGAGCACUUAACCCCGAUUCUCUCCUCGCUCAGUCCAGGGACUAGUCUCGGACAACAGUCUCACACUCUCCCUCUGACCCUCGCCUUCUCAGUCCGUCUCAACCCUUUAACCUUUCCCCCCCGCCAUCUUUGUCCGCCUCAUCUCCCCUCUGUGUGUGAAACUUGCUGCCGAGUCGCUCUCAGCCAGGACCACCUAAGCCGUGCCAACAGAUUGGUAGCCCACACUCACACUGAAGCGCUUAGAUCUGCGAGCCCACUCCAGCACAUGCCAGCGAGGUGGCCUUGAGGAGGGUGGAAAAAGGGAUAGAGGGAAAGAGGCUGCAAAAAAUCUGCAAAGGAAAAUAAAUAUAUCACCUUUCUCACUGCAAUUACACCAUCAUAUCAUGCACCCACUAACUCUAUCUGCAGGCUUCCUUAAUUGGAUUUACUCAUGAAUCUCCCUUUCAAACAGCGAAACAUCGACUGCGGACAUUGUCCCUCUAUUCACCCGCUGCCAACUGCCAUGUGCUCUACAAAGGUCUCUGUGCUGUAGCCCCCCCCGCUAUAUAACAGAAUGUGUCCUUGGCCUCUGAGGCCUCGAAAUGAGACAAGACCUCUGCGGCGAAACGGAGCCGGGGUCGAGCUGAACUCUGGAACUGGCGAGACACAAAGCAAUAGUUCCGUGUUUUACGAUUACGUGCAAUAACGAGGCUGUGAUGAUAUCAUAAUAAAUAACAACAAGCAAA